AUGGGGUGCAUCUGCAUCUGCACCACCAGCCCAGAUGGGCCAGAGAAGGUGUCUCUUAUCAGCGGAGAAACAGAACAAAGUGAAAUCGAGAGCGACAUGCCGUGGAAAGUGCUCCUCCUCGCCUGCGCGCUGCUGCUCUUUUGCUCUGUGCUGAUCAUAAUGUUCAUGGGCACUCUGGCAACGGCCAGUACCGAUGAAGACGCUACUGGCACCGGCGACGGCGACGACAGCAGUGCUCUAACUCACGUUAUAUAUAGAACACCGAGCCGCCCUGUAACGCGAGGUACCCCAAGUGGCUCUGGUGCGAGCUCAAGAACCAUCCGGACAGCUUCACCAUUGACAAAUCCAGCGGCUAUUCCACCUCCAGGCGCCCCGCUCCCGCCUGCUGAUGAAGACGCUACUGGCACCGGCGACGGCAACAAUGCUAUGACUCCCGUUAUAUAUAGAACACCGAGCCACCCUGUAACCCGAGGUACCCGAGGUGGCUCUGGUACGAGAGCAAGAACCAUCCGGACAGCUUCACCACUGAAGGCCGGUGACAGUGGGGAUGAAGUCAGUGGUGAAAUGAGCAACAGCUAG